GGAGCUAGAUAGGGUGAGUGGAAAAGACAGAUGGGCAGAAGAAAAGGAUAUCAUCAACCUACCCUAUAUUGAUUCAUCAAUUGCAAAGUACGAUGCGUUUGCACCCUGUGGCACCACUGUUGGUGCCUCGCCUUUCUCGGGAGGAUUGUCAAAUUGCUGGCUAUGACAUUCCCAAAGGUACCAGAAUACUUGUGAGUGUAUGGACCAUAGGAAGAGACCCUUCUGUGUGGGAUAAACCAAAUGAGUUUUGCCCUGAGAGGUUUAUUGGGAAAGCCAUUGAUGUGAAGGACCACGACUUUGAGUUACUACCGUUCGGAUCUGGAAGGAGGAUGUGCCCCGGAUAUGCCUUGGGGAUUAAGCUCAUUCAUUUAAAUCUGGCAAACCUUCUUCAUGGAUUCACAUGGAAAUUGCCUUCUACCAUAACAAAAGAUGAUCUGAAUAUGGAGGAAAUAUUUGGACUCUCAGCCCCUAAGAAAGUUCCACUCCAAGCUGUGGUUGAGCCUCGACUUCCACUUCAUCUGUGCGAUCUGUGAUUGUAAUGUUGAUUUAGCCUAUCUCUAAUAAGCUGUCUAAAUGCAGUAUGCUUUUAGUUGAUGUGUUCUUGUAGAAUUUGCUUGGUGUGUAAUGUGUCUAUUUUAUGAUAAUGAACCUAUCUAAAAUCU